UGGAAUUACUGUUUCGUACUGUUUCCACAUUCGCGCAUCCAUUCCAGUUCACCCACCAGGAGGAGGUUUCCCAAAAUGACAUCGUCUCAGGACAAGAUUGUCGUUCUCAUCACCGGUGCUAACACCGGAUUAGGUUUUGAAAUAGCGAAAGCGCUUUUUGCCCGUCCCAACUCUUACCAUAUUCUUGUUGGGUGCCGGGGUGACGUUAGCCGUGCGACUCAUAGCAUAUCUAAGCUCAAGCAGAUUUCGCCGAACAGCUCAUCGACAGCUGAGCCGCUCUCCAUAGAUAUCACGUCUGAUGAAUCCAUCGCCACAGCUUUCCAACAGGUUGAGCAGAAAGUUGGUCAUGUAGAUGUGCUUGUGAAUAAUGCCGGUGCCGAUUUUGACAAGGCUACUGAGUCUGGUGAACUCACCGCUCGUGAGGGCUGGAACCAGACCUACGACGUCAAUGUGACAGGAACGCACUUAUUCACCGCCGCUUUUGCUCCGCUGCUCCUUCGCUCCACGGCCAAACCCCCGCGACUUCUGUUCAUCACCAGUGGCCUGGCGUCAGUAGAAGAGCAUUCGAAUGGCACGAGUUCCAAGUAUGCUCUUGCUCCAGCCGGCGAGUGGCCCAAACCAAAGUCGCUUUGGAUCCCAUACCGCGUCAGCAAGACUGCUUUGAAUAUGCUUGCGGUCGAGUGGGGUCGGCUACUACACAAUGAUGAUGUAGCGGUGUUUAAUAUCUCCCCUGGGUUUCUGGACACGGGUUUAGGCCACAAUCGCAGUACUGGUGAGAAGUGCGACAAAGGUGCUAUGGGUGCCAUUGACCCGGCGAUAGGAGGUAGCUUCUGCGCGGAUGUUGUUGAGGGGAUCAGGGACGAGCGGGCGUGGCCUAUGGCGACCAUGAGAAGGGACAGUAUCCAGCCGUGGUAGAGCGACUCAAGAUUGUUCAGGUAGCUCAGAAUUCAUUCAAGACACUCCCUUCGAAAUUUCCUCCAUCCUCACUCGCUGUCGCUUCCUGAUAGAUGGCCAUUUGUAUCACUAUGGCGAUCGAUGAAAAGA